UACUCAUUGAGUAUCAUGUCAUUGACUUGACCCUUCAUGGUAGAGGAGAGUGGAGGAGAGGAGCUAAUUUAGCCGUAGUGGCUACACGCAGCAGCUAAAAGCAAGAUAAGAACAAAAAACAGAGUUAAGUAAGUGUAAGAAAAGCAUGGAGAUGGAGGGCUGGGUGUCAAUGCCAAAGGUGGAACUUCACGCUCACCUCAAUGGAUCUGUCAGAGACUCCACUUUACUAGAACUUGCCAGAGUUUUGGGUGAGAAGGGUGUCAUAGUUUUCUCAGAUGUGGAGCACGUUAUACUGAAAAAUGAACGUUCUUUAACCGAAGUGUUCAGGUUGUUUGACCUGAUCCACAUUCUUACUACUGACCACAAAAUUAUCACAAGAAUUACCAAAGAAGUUAUUGAAGAUUUUGCUUCUGAGAAUGUUGUGUAUCUGGAGCUAAGAACAACUCCUAAGAAAAAUGACUCCAUAGGAAUGAGCAAACGCUCUUACUUGGAAGCAGUAUUGGAGGGUAUAAAGGCUGUCAAUACAGUUGAUGUUGCUUUUAGGCCUCACAAUGCUGAUGUCAGCAAUGUCAAGAGUUCUUCACUUAUAAAUGAUACAUGUAACGGAAGUACAAGAAAAGAGAUUUAUGUUAGGCUUCUUUUGAGCAUUGACCGCAGGGAAAGCACAGAGGCUGCAAUGGAAACUGUGAAGCUUGCACUGGAAAUGAGAGAUUUAGGUGUAGUUGGUAUUGACCUUUCUGGAAAUCCAAUUGUGGGAGAAUGGAUGACAUUUUUUCCAGCAUUAAAAUUUGCUAGAGAGCAGGGUCUUUAUAUAACCCUUCAUUGUGGAGAGGUGCCUAAUCCAAAGGAGAUACAAGCAAUGCUGGAUUUUCUACCACAGAGGAUUGGUCAUGCAUGUUGCUUCGAAGAAGAGGAAUGGAAAAGGUUCAAAUCUUUGAAUAUCCCGGUUGAGAUUUGUUUGACAUCCAACAUCAGGACUAAUUCAGUUCGUUCAAUUGAAGUUCAUCAUUUUGCUGAUCUGUAUAAUUCAAAACAUCCUUUAGUCAUCUGCACCGAUGAUUCUGGGGUGUUUUCUACCAGUCUUUCAAAGGAGUACAACCUUGCUGCUUCUGCGUUUGGUCUUGGAAGGAGGGGAAUAUUUCAGCUAGCACGAAAUGCAAUUGAAUAUAUAUUUGCUGAUGAUGAAGUGAAGAGAGAAUUGAAGGAGAUCUUUAAUUCUUCUGAAAAGAAGCUUGAUCAAUGAUUUCAAUUGCAUCGAGGGGCAUGCGUAACUGCUCAUAGUACAGUUGUUUGCAAGCACUAGAGCUACUCAUUUUCUGCAGAAAAAAUCAUUUCUCAAUUGUGGCCGGGCACCAGCUGAUACACUGGCAUUCAACUUUGCAGAUUUCUUAGCUCGAUCAUAUCAAGUAUUCAGCCGUCUAGCCCUGGAAAUCCAUAUAUGAUAAUUAGAGUAUAAUAAAGUUAUUAGAAUGUCCUAGGGAAGUCAGAAGUAGCUGGUAGACCAGGCCUUCAGUUAUUGAAAUUUUUUAAAAUAAUGAUUCUCUUUUUAAGUAUAUCACAAUCUUGAUUGAAUAAUAGAACGAACUUUGUCACAGAUGUUUCAUAUAAGAAUUUAUUUCUCAUGUUUGAAAA